UGUGUCUGUGUCAAAGACAACAAAGUGGAGGUUAUCUUGAGGUGUUGGUGGAACUAGUGGAAGGUGCAAAACAAACACAUCUUAUAAAGAGCCAUGAUGGCAGCAGAAAGUGAUCCUUCACUGGCCAAGUUGAAACAGUUUCUAGUGACUGGAUCAAACAAUGUAGCCUGGAAUGGAGGCCAUCUUGUACGUCAUUUAGUGGACUGGUUCCUACGCAACGAGAGAGCACGCCGCAGUAAACUGAACUCCCCUCAGGCUCCACCUAGCGAGGAUGGUUCUAAACCCCGACUUCGAGCUGCCAACCCCGGCGACACACUCAUCACCUGCACCUCUAUCAUUCCUAAAUUGGUGGAAGAAGGCAAAGCUGAUCUUAUAAUAGACACACUACGAACAUAUAAUCUCCUGCCUUAUGUGGAUAAAGAAGCUCUGGUGUUGUGUUUGGCUGUUGCAUCCAAACAGAGCGGUCAGACCAAACUAGUGACAGACGCUCACUCAGCUGUGCGAGAACUCUGCACAGACAGCCAUCUUUUUUUCCUCUUCAUUCAGCUUUCUAAGAUGAUCUCCAAGCAAGCAGGUCACACAGGCUGGGGCCGUGGACUGCGACGUGCUGUUAAUCAGUGGUACCUGAGUUGGGAGCCCAAACGUCUUGCCCUUGAAGUCACUCGUCACUUCAGUGCUUAUGGAUGGACCCAUCGAGAUGUCAUCAGACUAGCACAUCUGAAACUCAAAGAAAUGCCAUUAGGGACGCAGGUGGUGCUGCACUAUGUGUUCAUGGGUCUGGAGAAGACUGUCAGCGAGUAUACUGACAAGGACAACACCAGUGACCUCUUGGAGUUGAUGAAGAUCCUUGACAAGGAUGGUCAUCCUCAGGAAGGUGACAAUUCGGGAUUGGAGCAGGGGUUUUCAACAAGAUUUAUUGGUGAUGUUGGUGGGAAGUCAUACGAGAGGAAGGCAAGCAGAGGAGGUGGUGCCAGCACGCCUCCCAGACCUCUCAUGAGUAUGUGCAUGAAGAACGCAAAAGUCAAUCCUCAAGUUGUUGAUGCUCUGCAUUCUCUCAUCACUGCAAGUGCUAAGAAUGUUGAGAAAACAACACGUAAGUUGGGCAUUUGUGUUGACGUGCGAGGUUCCAUGAGUACCAGUCAUGUGUGGACGGGCAACCCAGAAAGAAAAGGAGAGAUGUAA